AAUGCACUGGACGGAAGUGUAUGGUGUACCGGAGAAUUCGGUCCGACUGGCAACAUACAACGCGUUUAAAUAAUUAGGCCAUGGGCUCGUGCAGUCGGAGCAGACAGCGGGCAGACGGACCGACUGACUCCGCUGCUGAUCGAGCCGAGACAUGCAGAUGCUGCCUGAGCGGGUCCUCCGUCUGGACUAAAAGCAGAGGAAGAAUCCCUGAAAAUGGACUCACCGGAGAGGUGUGCUUGUCAUGCUCUGGGCUGAAGGGGAGAGCAGCAGAGGAGAAGGAGAUGGGCUGCACCUCUGCUAAGCAGGUGUCUGCCGUGCCCAACGGCGAGGAGGGCCAGAAUAAAGCCUACAGCAACGGGGACCUUCUCUCUGAUGAGUACAAGAUGAAAGAAGUGGAGAAAGUCAAGUACAUCUGCGGAGAAGAUGCUGGGGUGGAUGGACAUGAUGGCACAGAGAAAAGUGCACUUCUUGGUAAAGGCCAACACACGAAUGAGUCUGGACCAAACGGAAAGAUUCUGAGCAUCCACUCCUCAGAGAGCCAGCAGGAAUUCUUCCGGAUGCUGGAUGAGAAAAUUGAAAAGGGCCGGGACUACUGCUCAGAGGAGGAGGACGUGACAUAGCCCCGUGGCCGUGGAUCCAACAGUCCUAGGACGAUGGGGACUGAACACCAUGUUCAGGGAGCGUCCAUAUUGUUUUGAUUGUCCCCUUUAUAAAACACACCUGAGAAGAAUGGAUCUCUGGCUUGAAACAAGCACCUUUUUUUGCCCCCCUGCUCACAACCAGUUUGUUGAAUCAACUCAGACAGAUUAGAACUGAAAUCAAUGGCAAGCGCUCCAGAGGGGGAGAUGUUUUAGGUUUACGUCCUGAACGAAGCAGGAGUUUUUCUUUCCAUAUACGUGGCAGAGACUUGUUGUAGACAUCUGAAAUGUGAACUACUGUCUGUAGAAAUUUCAUGCAGCAGUAGGAACCGACUCAUCAUGAGAGGAACAUCUUCAUUAUCUAGAAGAUUUCAUCCUUGAAUGCCUCCCUGACAAGUCAUCGGGUUGGAAACCUCCUGCAUUCCAAGACACAUAUGAACCUCUUUUCCUACAGAAAGUGGGCCAGUGCAGCGUGUUUGUCUGUCCAUGUCUGUUUCUGUUAAGAUGUAUUCUAUUUACGUUGAAUAAGGCUCAGGGUUUAAGUGUUGUAAUCUCUGUCUCAUGUAGUCUAGUUCUUCCUCUCAUUAAGACACUGUUGCACCACAAACAAUACUCAUGCACUCACACAUCGGGGUUACUGAUGAUCCCUGUUUCAGUAUCUGCUCCAUGUAACCCUACGAGGUGGGCGCUGCAAAGCCACAUAUGUCUGAUUAUGUAUUUUAUUCACCAGUGUUAUGUCAUUGUGUUCUGUUUUCUGUUUUUUUUUUAUUAGAAACAUUAAACUGGUUUCCAGUAAUUUGUCCCACUAAGUUACACUCUUGUUUUGAAUAGAACUGAAAAAACAGUCGUA